AUGAACAACCGGGGCCAUGGAGAUGACUUAGCAGUUUUAAGUGAGAAAGAGGAAACCGCUCCUAAGCCACUCGUUUACUCCAUCAAGCUCUGCUGUCGUCUUAAAAACGAAUUACCUACUCUGUGCGGGGAACGCCUCAAUCAGAGCGCUGUCUGCACUAUCCCUUGUCUGAGCCCCCUGCAGGAUCUCCUCUCGCACAGCGCCCUGCUAGUCCCCCUUCUAGUCCCGUUGCUUUCGCAAUUCUUAGUGCUCCGUUGGUUGGCCCCGCGUACCACGCGCUGCGGGACUGGGAGCGGGCGAGCAGUUAAAGGGCAGGGCGCUGCGAACGGAAGCCCACCCCUCACCCAUGGCCCAGCCAACAAGGGAGCAAAGGGUUAUUUUCGCGCCACAAAAUAUGCAAAUACAGGGGCGGCCCGAGGGCCAAUGGGUGGAGACCAGCGAAGACGCGGAGAGCUGGAGAAGGGAAAGCAGCCACCUCUUCUUCUCAGCUCCCGGACACCAUGUUUAAUACAGAGGGGAGUGACAGAUUCUGGAGCGGGAGCGGUUAGGUCCCUGAUCGCGCCACUGCUUCAACAGGGCUCAGGGGAGCGGUUCUCGCCAAGAAAGGUGCCCAUCGGCGUGAGGGCACUGCGGGUUUCGAGGCGGGGAGAGCCGCUGAAUCUAGCCUUUGGUCUCGCCUCUUGUGUGUCCGCAGGUAAAAUGGAACUGCACGGGAAGCCGAUGGAAGUUGAGCACUCUGUCCCCAAAAGGCAGAGGAUUCGGAAACUUCAGAUCCGAAACAUCCCGCCUCACUUACAGUGGGAGGUGCUGGAUAGUUUACUAGUCCAGUAUGGAGUGGUGGAGAGCUGUGAGCAAGUGAACACGGACUCGGAAACUGCAGUUGUAAAUGUAACCUACUCCAGUAAGGACCAAGCUAGACAAGCCUUAGACAAACUGAAUGGAUUCCAGUUAGAGAACUUCACCUUGAAGGUCGCCUACAUCCCCGAUGAAACGGCUGCCCAGCAAAAUCCCUCCCUGCAGCUCCGAGGACGCCGGGGUCCAGGACAGCGGGGCUCGUCCAGGCAGGCAUCUCCAGGGUCAGUGUCCAAGCAGAAGCCCUGCGACCUGCCUCUGCGCCUGCUGGUCCCCACGCAGUUUGUUGGAGCCAUUAUAGGGAAGGAAGGUGCCACCAUUCGGAACAUCACCAAGCAGACCCAGUCCAAAAUCGAUGUCCACCGUAAGGAGAACACGGGGGCUGCCGAGAAGCCCAUUACAAUCCUCUCGACCCCUGAGGGUGCCUCUGCAGCUUGUAAGUCUAUCCUGGAGAUUAUGCACAAGGAAGCACAAGACACCAAACUCACAGAGGAGGUCCCCCUGAAGAUACUAGCUCACAAUAACUUCGUAGGCCGUCUUAUUGGUAAAGAAGGAAGAAACCUUAAAAAAAUUGAGCAAGAUACAGACACUAAAAUCACGAUAUCUCCGUUGCAGGAGCUGACGCUGUACAACCCGGAGCGCACCAUUACAGUAAAAGGCAAUGUUGAGACGUGUGCCAGGGCUGAGGAGGAGAUAAUGAAGAAAAUCAGGGAGUCCUAUGAAAAUGACAUCGCAUCCAUGAAUCUUCAAGCACAUUUGAUCCCUGGAUUGAAUCUGAAUGCCUUGGGUCUGUUCCCACCCACUUCAGGGAUGCCACCUCCUACCUCAGGGCCACCUUCAACUAUGACUCCUCCCUACCCACAAUUUGAGCAGUCGGAAACGGAGACUGUGCACCUGUUUAUCCCCGCCCUGUCAGUUGGCGCCAUCAUCGGCAAGCAGGGCCAGCACAUCAAACAGCUUUCUCGUUUUGCAGGAGCUUCGAUCAAGAUCGCUCCAGCCGAAGCACCGGAUGCUAAAGUGAGGAUGGUGAUUAUCACUGGACCGCCAGAGGCUCAGUUCAAGGCUCAGGGAAGAAUUUAUGGAAAAAUUAAAGAAGAAAACUUCGUUAGUCCUAAAGAAGAGGUGAAACUUGAAGCUCACAUCAGAGUGCCAUCGUUUGCUGCUGGCAGAGUUAUUGGGAAAGGAGGCAAAACGGUGAAUGAACUCCAGAAUUUAUCAAGUGCUGAAGUUGUUGUCCCCCGUGACCAGACGCCUGAUGAGAAUAACCAAGUUGUUGUCAAAAUAACUGGCCACUUCUAUGCUUGCCAGGUUGCCCAGAGGAAAAUUCAGGAAAUCCUGUCUCAGGUGAAGCAGCACCAGCAGCAGAAGGCUCUGCAGAGUGGACCCCCUCAGUCAAGGCGGAAGUAAGGGCUCAGGAGACAGCCACCACAGAGGCAGAUGCCAAACCAAAGACAGAUUUGCUUAACCAACAGACGGGUGCUGACCCAUCCAGAAUCACACGCACGGGCAUUUCCCUAGCCGGUUGUUUCUGAGGACCAGGCAACUUGAACUCCUGUCUCUGUGAGAAUGUAUACUUUAUGCUCUCUGAAAUGUAUGACACCCAGGUUUAAAAAAAAAAAAAAAAAAAAAAAAAAAAAAAAAGUGGGGGUAGGGAAAGAGAAGAGCUCCGCACUUCCCUUGUGAUAUCAAAGUACAACAAAUGUGCUAAUUUUUUACAUCCUCUUUAAUGCCAGAGAUUGGCAUAAAUGGUACAUUCACUAAAUUCAUCAAAUAAAUUAGAAAAAAUAGUUUGGAUCAAAGUAGAAUUUCCACAGGAACGUGCCGUUAAGCCAUUAGAGUAGAACUGUUGUUACCUGUCUCUCUAACACUAACAUGGAUAACCUAAGGGAAGUGCCCACCGCUGCGGGUGGGGUAUUAAACGUGGAUAACCUAAGGGAAGUGCCCACCGCUGCAGGCGGGGUAUUAAACGUGCAUUUUUAAUCAACUACCUCAGGUAUUCAGGAAUACAGUUAAAAGCAAAAUUAUUCCUUUUUUGAAAAUUUUAUAUACUUUAUAAAGAAACUCCAACCGUUUUUUAAAAAAAAUAAAAUUUAACAGUUAUCAGCUGAUAGGCAAAUAAUUGAGAAAGGAAUUUUACAUCUGGCUGGUGACAGUAAAGUUGGAAAAUUAAUUUUGCAUUUUUUGAGCCUUUUGACAAUAGUUGGAAAGUCCAAUAAAUGUUCAAAGAUUUGGAGCAGUGCCUAUUCUCGGAGAGCAGCAAUGCCAUGUAUUCCUUUGUCUAUAGUUGGGAAGGCUGAUGUACUAACAGCAGAGUGGUGGCGGGUUUUGGAAUGGCUAAUCUAGAAAGAGCUUCAGAAGACUUGGAUUUGUUUUAGCUAUGUUCAUGAAUGCAUAAAUGCUUUGUCACUAUCUAAAGGAAACACGUCACUGAAGAAAUGCAGAAUUUAAACAAAAUCAGCUUGAGUUUGUCUCACAGGAUGCUCAGCUUGCUAACACACGAACGAGAUCAGGUGAUACGGUGAACAGACACCAAGAGAACUGCUUUGUGGAGACCGGGGGCAGUCAGGUGGUGUGCCGGUGAAGGCAACAAAAAGCUCUGUCUCCUUGUGCUAGGCACUGUCAUGGAAGAUUUUUUUAUGCAGUGGAAGUCAGUCCACUGAAAGUAUUAUCUAGAAUGUAGCAGGGUUUCUGUAUACCCUGCUCACUUGACAGUAAGUACAAGUAGGGAAUGCACCAAAUGGUUUUGGUUUGAAAAGAUCUGUGAAAACACCUAACUGUUGAAAGGAAAACCCUUUGCCCCUUCCCUCACUUCCCUCCCUGUGGGUGGUCCUCAAGGCCAUGCUGCUCUCUGAAUUGUUUUUGUUACUUUGUUCUAAGGUGGUUACAGUCUGAUCACACUGGCCUUGAGGGCAUUAUGUAACCCUUCAAAAAGUCAUUUUGCCUCAUUUGUAUUUCAAGAUUAACUUUACAUGUUUCUUUUUUGUGAACAUCAGCAUAUCAUUUAGGCAUUAUGAAAAUGAUUUGAAAUGUUUUCCGAAAAAUUUUCAUAAGACCAAUUUAUUUUGUAGUUUUAACCAAAAAGUGCCCCUUUUACAACUGAAUUCACCUAACAUUCAUAUUUUUUUCAUACAAUGGAGUUAAACUGAUUUAAAAAAAAAAAAAAAAGUGAUCGGUUCUUGUCUUUGGAUUUCAGAGGAGAUGUGUCUAAGGCCAGAACACUGCCUCAGUAUUUGGUUUUUACAGUUUUCUUUUUAAAAACUGACAGGUGCUACAUUCAUGUCUGCUGGUCUCAAUUCUGCCAUGCUCACAUCUAGCCUUCAGAGUGGCAAAUCAUGUGUUACUUUCACUUAAACAUUGGUGGUGUGGAGUACCUGGCACAAGGAGUAAUCCUAUAAUUGAGUUUUGUAUUCACCAUGUACGGAUCAUUCUCAUCUAUAACGUGCCCCAAACGCAGCUUCGUUUUCCAGGUACCUUGAUACAGAAUAAAGUUUUCAUCAUAAGCCACA